AUGGAAGUGUCUGAGGUUUGGCCUUCUGGCUCAAGAGCUUCUUCCAAAGCAGCAACAUCUUGUGAAUUACGGAGAAUCGAUGGUCCAAUUGAUAAAUUUUCUGUCACUCUUCGCCAGGCUAUUCAGCAUCAGUUUCAGAUGAUUGCUAUGCCUCGUCAAAAGAACUGGAGUCAAAAUUCAUCGCAGGAGCAGCAGCUAGAGGUGGUGAUAGUUCUGACUCAAACCCAGCAUGAAGGGAGAACGUUUCAUCGGUGA